AUGCAAUUUGUAUUUUGUUUUAUAAAAGAAUAUAGAAUUAAUUUAAUUUAAUUACGAUAAUAAUAUUUGUUUGAGAAGUUAAAUAAUCCGAAUUUAUUUAAAGAAAUGGGAUAAUACUUACCAAAAUAAUAAGACACUUAAAAUGAAUAUUAUAAUGAUUUGAAAAAAUUUACAAAUUCAAACUAUUCAGGUAACUAAAAGCUGAAGCUAGAAUUUAUGGAUUUAUCUGAUAAAGAUGCAUCCAAUUUAGCAUAAGCAUUGAGAUAGUGUAUUAGCAUUGUAGAGUUAGACCUCUUGGUUUAUCAUACUAGAAUAAACAAAAACAUUUAAAAUGAAAUAGUCGAAGCCAUAUAAAAUUGUAAAAAAAUGUAGACAUUAAGAAUAAAAUUUGAAUUAUUAGGACCUCCAAUCAAAAAUAGAAGAAGAAAUCAUUCUAAUAAUUAUGGUGAACGUGAACGUGAACGUGAACUUGAACAAAUGAUUGUUUUAGGCAACAAUAUCAGAGAAUUUAAAGAUCUUUAAAAUUUGUUAAUUUGGAAUGAUAUCAUAUUUGGAACUGAAACAGCUAUUUCUCUGAUAAAUGGGAUAAGUGAAUGCACUAAUCUUUCAAGUUUAAAUAUGAAGUUAAUCUUUGAUAGUCUAUUUAAUGAAAAUGAUGCAAUAUUUUCUUAACUUGGAAAGCUAGAGAAUCUGAAAAUUUUAAAGCUUUUCAUUUAAAGUAAUUAAGAUAAUCUAAUAGAAGGUUUUCCUUUAAUACAUAAGUAUUUAGAGCAAAUCAAACAUCUUGAAUAAAUAGAUUUUUGCUUAAAAUCCUAAAGACGAGUAUAGAUUUGCUAAAUUUUGGAGUCUCACUUGGAAAAUGCUCAAACUUAAAAUAUAUAACAUUAAUUUUAUUAUAUGAUAAUAUUAAUUACUAAGGUCUUAGCGAUUUUGCAUAUGAAUUAGCUUAAAUUUAACAUUUAUUUGUUUUAAAUAUCUCAGUGGGAUAAAAAAUUGGACCAUAACUACCUUUAAAAAAAGACUUUAUUAGGAAAAAUAAAAGAUUAAUUAAAUUAAAUAUUAAGUUAGUUUGAUUGUAAUGUUUAAAUUAAUUAUUUUGUUAUAUAUAAUAAUUAAUGUAUAUCAGUAAACAGAUUUUUAAAUUCACCAUAAUUUUUAUGUAUACCUUAAUUUAUUAUCUUUAUAUUUUAUGACUAAUUGUUAUCAAGCUGUUUUUAUUUUUAUCAAUUUAUUAUAUUUAAAAAAUAUUAUUUUUGA